AUGGAGGGGAUAUUGGCGGCUCACGAGUUGCAGGAGAAGAAAGGGAACCUACGAAAGACCAUCACCGACGUUCAGGCUCUGAUCGACCUCCUUCAGAGCACACGCGAUGCCGUCGCCUCCGACCCCACCAAGUCAGCUCUGCACAUGGCCAAGCUGCAGAAUCCCGUAAAACAGUCGUUUAGCAAGCUCGAAGAGGAUUUGAAGGAGGUCAACAAGGGCAUGAACCAGUACCAGAAGGCACUCAAGGAUAAAUUCAAGAGCGCUGCACUGCCCACCGCCGGCAACGAUGCCUUGUCGAGCCAGCCGAAUCUCAUCAAUCGUGCUAUCGCCAUGCAUCUGCUUCGCGAGGGGAAGUUCAAUGUUGCCAAGACAUUCGUGAAAGAGGUAGCCGCCCAGCCACAUUCAACCCAGGGUGAAUUGGAGAAGAGUGGACUGCAGAGGAAAUUCGCUGACAUGUACCACGUCUUGGACGCGUUGCGGAAUCACCACAAUCUGGAGCCAGCAAUAGAAUGGGCAAGACAGCACAGCUACGAGCUCGAGAACCGAGGUUCAAAUCUGGAGUUCGAAUUGAGCAGGCUCAAGUUCGUAGAGCUGUAUACGAGCACUUCCUCGGAUAUGACAGACGAUGACCCCGAUCCAUUCAGUGGACCACUGCGGGCACUGGAAUACGCACGAAGCACGUUUCCGGCUUUCAGCACCAGAUACGCCCGCGAAACAUCGUCGUUGCUGGGAUCUCUCCCCUUCUCGGAAAAUUUGGCGGCAUCGCCAUACAACACAUUCUUCAGCAGUCCCACCUCGUACGAAGAAGCCUCUGCAUCUUUCACGCGGGACUUCUGCGGCAUGCUCGGCCUUUCGUCACAGUCACCUCUUUACACUGCAGUAACAGCAGGUGGCAUUGCGCUACCUGUAUUGGAGAAGGUGGAACGAGUCAUGGCACAGGCCAGAGGGCAGUGGACAUCGGUGAACGAAUUGCCAGUCGAAACGCCUCUACCACCGGGCUUCGCUUUCCAUUCAAUCUUCGUAUGCCCGGUAUCGAAAGACCAGGCAACGGAUGCGAACCCGCCAAUGAUGCUGCCCUGCGGGCACGUCAUCGCAAAACAAAGUCUAGAGAUGCAUAGCAAAGGCAAGAGCAGGAUGAAAUGUCCUUACUGUCCGAAUGAGAGCCACCCGAAAGAAGCGAAGAGGGUGUACAUAUGA